CAAGAUCACCAGAAGAAGAGUUCAACCGAGAUGGACUUUUUCUCUGAAUACGGGGAUGCCAACAGAUUUAAGAUUCAAGAAGUUGUAGGAAAAGGCAGUUAUGGUGUUGUGUGCUCUGCAAUUGACACCCAGACUGGUGAAAAAGUUGUGAUAAAGAAAAUACAUGAUAUUUUUGAGCAUCUUUCUGAUGCUGCUCGAAUUCUUCGCGAGAUAAAGCUGCUCCGACUUCUACGGCAUCCAGAUAUUGUUGAGAUUAAACACAUCAUGCUGCCUCCAUCGCGUAGAGACUUCAAAGAUAUUUAUGUUGUUUUUGAGCUUGUGGAGUCAGAUCUUCAUCAAGUUAUUAAAGCUAAUGAUGACUUGACUAGAGAACACUACCAAUUUUUUCUUUAUCAGCUACUUCGUGCAUUGAAAUAUAUUCACACUGCAAAUGUCUACCAUAGAGACCUAAAACCAAAGAAUAUUUUGGCAAAUGCAAACUGCAAACUUAAGAUAUGUGAUUUUGGUUUAGCUAGAGUUGAAUUUCAUGAUACACCUAUGACGAUAUUCUGGACGGAUUAUGUUGCUACCAGAUGGUAUAGAGCUCCAGAGCUCUGUGGAUCCUUUUUCUCCAAGUAUACACCUGCAAUUGAUAUCUGGAGCAUAGGGUGCAUCUUUGCAGAAGUAUUAACUGGGAAGCCACUUUUUCCUGGGAAAAAUGUUGUUCACCAGUUGGAUUUGAUGACUGAUUUGCUUGGUACACCUUCAUUAGAUACCAUCUCUCGAGUUCGGAAUGAGAAGGCAAGGCGAUACUUGACUAGCAUGAGAAAAAAACAACCAAUCCCAUUUGAACAAAAAUUUCCAAAUGCAGAUCCUUUGGGUUUACGUCUAUUGCAAAGGUUGCUUGCUUUUGAUCCAAAAGACUGGCCCACAUCUAAAGAGGCUAUUGUUGAUCCCUACUUUAAGGGGAUGGCAAAAGUUGAGAGGGAGCCUUAUUGUCAGCCAAUUACAAAGAUGGAGUUUGAAUUCGAGAGGCGAAGGGUCUUAAAAGAUGAUAUACAAGAACUAAUUUUCCGCGAAAUACUGGAAUACCAUCCUCAGCUGCUGAAAGACUAUAUGAAUGGACCUGAGAGAACAAACUUUCUCUAUCCGAGGUUUUUUUUUAUAAGAUUUGCUCCUUAA